ACUGUCAGUCAGUGUCGCAACUGUCAGUUGUUUCAUUUUUACUUUUAGUUAGGAAUCAUCCAUUCUUAUCAACUCAUUUUAAUUACAGUUUUAUUUGCAACAUACGUUUAAUAUAUUAAGUGAGUGUAAUUAAUACUUCGUGCCUUCUUUCAACCAUAUAAUCGUCGUUAAAAUUAAGAAACAGUGACUCAACAGGUGCAAUAUGACAGGAAGACUAGCAGGACAGACUAUAAAUGAUAGGCUUUUAGCUGCAAAACAUAGUUUGGCUGGACAAGGUUUAGCUAAAGCGGUAUGCAAAGCAACCACAGAGGAAAUGAUCGGACCCAAAAAGAAACAUUUAGAUUAUUUAGUCCACUGUACAAAUGAACCAAAUGUUUCUAUUCCACAGCUAGCAAAUUUAUUAAUAGAAAGAUCACAAAAUACAAACUGGGUAGUAGUUUACAAGGCAUUAGUUACAGUUCACCACAUGAUGUGUUACGGAAAUGAGAGAUUUACUCAGUACCUAGCAUCCAGUAACAGUACAUUUCAACUUAGCAACUUCUUAGAUAAAGGGGGACUUCAAGGAUAUGAUAUGUCUCCAUUUAUUAGAAAAUAUUCACGAUAUCUUAAUGAGAAGGCCUUAUCGUACAGAACUACGGCCUUCGACUUUUGCAAAGUUAAAAGAGGGAAGGAUGAUGGCAUGUUAAGGACAAUGAACGCAGAUAAAUUGUUAAAAACUCUUCCCACUUUACAAAAUCAACUGGAUAUCCUAUUGGAAUUUGAUUGUUCCGCAAAUGAUUUAACAAACGGAGUGAUAAAUAUGUGUUUUAUGUUGCUUUUUAAGGAUUUAAUACGCUUAUUUGCCUGUUAUAAUGAUGGCAUUAUUAAUUUAUUGGAAAAAUUCUUCGACAUGAAUAAAAAACAGUGCCGAGAAGCUUUAGAUAUUUAUAAGAGAUUUUUAGUUAGAAUGGAUAGGGUAGCAGAAUUUUUAAAAGUCGCAGAGAAUGUAGGAAUUGAUAAAGGCGACAUACCGGAUUUAACAAAAGCGCCAAGUAGUUUACUAGAUGCUUUGGAACAACAUUUAAAUUAUAUGGAAGGCAAAAAACCGACAGGCUCUAAUCAAUCAAGUAAUGCAAGUAACCAGAAAAACAUAAAAUCUGGGGUAACGGCUCUCUCGACAACCAGUAACGCUUUUGGAAAUGUAGUGUCAAGUGCCAAAUUCGAUGCCAAUGGAAUAGAUGAACAGAUGAAACUACAAAUUCUGGCUGAAGAAGAAGCUGCGAUCAACCAAUUUAAAUCUAAGGUAUCUUCACCAACAACCACCAUCAACAAUCCUUUCUUGAGCAACUCUCCGUCGUCAGCAUCCAACAAUACAUCUUCAUCUCAGUUCGUAAGUUCUCCGUCAUUCGAUCUAUUUGCAGAUGAGCAGACACCGCCUAACCUGAAAGCAUCGGACGAUCUGCUGCAACUGUCAAAUCCGUUUUCAGACGCCUUCAGUCCUUCCAAUACAAAUGCCUUUGCACCUCAGAUACCUCAGCAAAACAAUAUUUGGAUGGCAAAUGGAAAUGCUUUUAGUGUCUUGAGUCCAGGAAAUACUUCGGGAAUACCGAAUGCUUCGUUGUUUGUGACUGAGAAUAAUUUUGCUUCUGUUUUUGGAGCUUCGGAAUCAAAAGGGACCAACUUUGAUGCCUUAGGAGGGGUUCUUCAACCGUCAAAUAUUGACGGUAAACAAGUAAAUAACACUGCAAGUAUAAUUGAAAACAACAACCAGCCAUCUUCUUCGAACGGUCUACUUACGGGUGAUUUGGAAUCGAGCCUAGCAUCUUUAGCGGAAAAUCUUUCUAUUAAUAGUAGAACAGCUCCAAAGGGUGUUCAGUGGAAUUCUCCAGGAUCCAAGACAGGUUCUAAAACAAGUUGGACACCACAACCUAUUUCUGAUACAACAGGGCGGGUUAUAAACCAAUGAACCAAUCCAUGUCCAACGCUACUUCGCCGUUUAGUAGUAUAACAGUCACAUCACCUCAGCCACAAAUGUACCUACAACAUCCACAGAUGAUGAGCAUGCGCCCCUUAACAACGAUACAACCAAUGCCACAACUCAACCCAACAGUGAACCAGAUGGGACCGCAGUCACUUCUUUUCCAUUGAUUAAGUAAUCCUCGUCUGUAAUAAGAGAUUUCCAGAUGUAUAAAAUUAUUUUUGUUAAAUAUACGAAUAAUAUUAAUAUAUAUUUAAUAAAAUAAAUGUCUACAGGCAGAUGUUGAAAAGGAACAGAGACAAAUCAUCUAUGUACCUAAUAACAAAUUAUUAUACUUAUGGCCAGUUUCAAUAAGGUCCGUUAAUUCCGGAUAUAACUAAGAACCAGUAAAUAAAUGUAAAAUUAACGGUUCUUUACGAAAUUUGCCAAGUAUGUAGUUUAUAUUAUAGAUUAUCCAUUGCAACCUCUAGCAAGGGAUUCUGGGUAUUGAAUAUGAAUAUUUAAAAAAUAUUUCUUUAGAAAUGUAAUAAAUCAAGUUCUAGACAACUAAUAUAAAAUGGCUCGUACUUGAGUUUUGUAAAAAAUAUUCUUAAUCUAUAAUACCUAGGAAUCAUUGGUAAGAAUAGGUAUUUUUUAGAUAUGGGUGUAUUGUAUGAAAACUAGAUUUUUUUAAUCUGUACUAUAACUAAUCUACAGAACUGCUUUGAUCAUCUGCUGGCAGAGUACGUUCUUUUAAAUUGUGCCAUUUUUAAACUGCCUACUAUGUUUUCAUACGAUUCAAACUUAUAUACUGCAUAUAAAAAAUCUAUUGUCUUGUUAAUUAGUUUAACGUUGGCACUAAUCACACUAUUUGAUUGAAUUCAAAUUAUUUGAUGUAAUAAGAUGUUAAUCAACGCUCAUGAAAUAAAUUGUGGAAUAUUUUGUUUUGUUGGCCAAAAUUAGUAUAAUUUUUGUUUGCGAUCGGGACUAUGACUGCUGCUUGCUGGAUUACUGUAUUGCUUUGGCAACACGAAAAUUAACCUACCAAACUGAUAACAGCUCAUGGUAUUUAAUGAAGGCAAUUUAGUCAACACUUGUCUCAUCUUGCUUUGGAACUAUGUGUUUUGGUCUACUUACCAACUUUUUUUUUAAAUUCGCCCUCGGGAUUUUUUUGUUCUGUGGUUUUCAACCUUUUUCAUAUAUUUUUCUAUUGCCGACCUGGAAGGAUAUCUUCCCUUGGUACGCAAUUAAUGCUAUUCUGCUCGAAAUAUUCCUGAGUUUCUGUAGCAUAAUGACACGAAAUGAAAUGAAGUCAAUAUAUUAUCCCGUCGUUAUUCCUUCGUCCAAACUUUCUCUUUUGCUUUAAUUUUUACUUCCUGUGCGAUUUAUUUCCGUUUUUAGUAUUUGAAGUUUAUUGUCUACCUACAUGAGUACAAAUAUUUUGCAUAGUCAUUGUGAUAUUGAUAUAUUAUUUAAACGUACAUUUGGACUGUGUUUUUGUCCGAGUGUGACAUUUAUUUGGCGAGGCUUAUUUCUUUUAAUGUUUAACUUUUAAAACCAAGUCUCGAACUGAUUUAAGUAAUCCAAGACCUUAUGGUAUUCCAUACUUUAAAUUUUCUCAGUCCUAUAGGAGGAGGAUUUCUAAUCGGUGAAAGUAUUUCAUUCAAAGAUUUAGUUAAACCAUAAGAAGGUGGUAAAAACCAAAAAUGAAGAAGCAAAAACCAAAUUGGUAAUCUGUAAUGUUAUCUUCAGUAUCUGGAUCUGUAUAAUCUUUGUCCUUAUUAUGGCAGUAAUUGUUAGUGGAUUAAGCGAAUGUUUUAGUUUAAAGUUGUCGUUAAAACUUUAAUGAUUAAUAUUAAACUGUUUUAAAAGUUUUUUAUUUGUUUAAGGGUGAUGAUUUGUGGUGCUUUUCGAACAUUUAACAUGCUGAUUUUAAUUUUUAUUAAUUUGGCAACGAAUAAACAUAUUUUUUGAA